GCAGCCCUGGAGCGCACAGUCUGAGGAUAAUCGUAGGUGGUAAUGGUUAGAAUCUGCCGACUAGAAGCUAGAGAAGCAGGUGUUGACUAGUAUUUUACCCAGCGAUUUAAUCUGGCUCAGGUUUCUGCUAUAGUCAUCUGUCCUGGAUCGACGCUGCUUUGUUUUUCUCCCCCUCGAUGAUCCAGAAUGCGUUCCUCGGCUUGGUUUGUCGCCAAAUGCGCUCUCAUCAUCUGCACGCUCCGGUUGAUUGACGGGGCCAAAGGACAGCGGCAGUGUAGUGAGAAUGAUUACUACUAUGAGUACACAGAGUGUGACAGCACAGGAUCUCGCUGGAGAGUGGCCAUCCCUCAGAGCCCCGGGGCCUGCACAGGACUACCAGAGCCUGUACGCGGCACAGAGUGCACCUUCUCAUGCAAGGCUGGGGAGUUUCUUGAGAUGUUGUCUCAGGAGUGUACGCAGUGUGCAGCAGGAAGCUACUCCCUCGGCAGCGGCAUCCGCUUCGACCAAUGGGAUGCCAUGCCUGCUGGUUUCAGUAGCCUGGCAACCUCACUGGAAAACAGUCCCCCCGGAGAUGAGAAGCUCACCUGCAACAGUUCUUCAUGGGUGCCUCAAGGAAACUACCUGGAGUCCAACAGGGAUGAAUGCACAGUCUCUCUCAUCUAUGCUGUUCAUCUGAAGAAACAGGGCUCUAUCAGCUUUGAUUACCAGUAUCCAGACAGCAACCUGCUGUUUGAGUUCUUUAUCCAGAAUGACCAGUGUCAGGAGAUGGAUCAGUCUGCUGAUACCAAGUGGCUCAAACUCACCAAUCAUGGUGACUGGGAGAACCAUACAGUAAGCCUGAAAUCUGGCACCAACAUCCUUUACUGGAGGACAGGUGGGGUUCUGAUGAGGAGCAAAGGGGCAAAGCCUGUUUUGCUGAAAAAUAUUCAGAUCGAAGGAGUUGCCUACACAUCCGAGUGUUUCCCAUGUAUCCCGGGGACGUUCAGCCGAGUCCCGGGCUCCACCACAUGUGAUCCCUGUCCUCGAAACACCUACUCUGGCCACGGUGCCAGCUCCUGCACCCCCUGUAACACUACCACUCAAUAUGCAGCUGAAGGAUCUGCUCUGUGUAAAGACAAACCUCCAUGUUCCAGGAAAGACUAUUUCCAAUUCCACACAGCAUGUGAUCACGAAGGCAAGACACAGAUCAUAUAUAAGUGGAUUGAACCUCAAAUCUGUCUGGAGGGUGUGACUGGAGCUGAGUCUUUGCCUCCAAGUGGAAAAAGGGAGCCCUGCCCCCCCUGUAACCCCGGCUUUUAUAACAACGACACGGCCACCUGCUCACCAUGCCCACCUGGGACCUAUUCCGAUGGGAUGAAACCAUGUACGCUGUGUCCAGCCGGCACUGAGCCCACCUUGGGUUAUGAGUAUAAAUGGUGGAAUGUACUUCCUCCAAACAUGAAGACCUCCUGUUUCAAUGUGGGCAACUCCAAAUGUGACAAUAUGAAUGGCUGGGAGGUGGCAGGUGAUCACAUCCAGAGUGGAGCAGGAAGCUCAGAUAAUGAUUACCUCAUCCUCAACAUCCAUAUUCCUGGCUUUAAGCUCCCUACUUCCAUGUCAAACCAUGCUGGGACAGAGUUUGGUCGCAUCACAUUUGAAUUUGAAACUGUGUGUGUAGCUAACUGCGAGCUCUACUUCAUGAUGGAUGUAAACAGGAAGAGUACUACUGUUGUGGAAUCAUGGGAGAGAACCAAAACAAGAAUUACGUACACACACGUCAUGACAAAGAAUGCCUCUGUUUCCUACACAUGGGCUUUCCAGAGAACCAACCAACCCUCAGAUGUACGCCGGUUUGUCAACGACGUGGUGCGAAUCUACUCCAUCUCGGUGAGUAAUGCGAUGGAUGGGGUGUCUUCUGGGUGCCGGGCUUGUGCCCUCAGCACCCAACCCACCGGCUCUAUGUGUGUGCCGUGCCCACCUGGACACUACAUAGACGCACACACCAGCCAGUGCACAGAGUGCCCCCAAAACACUUACCUUGUCCCUCACGCCACGCCGGGCCCAGACGCCUGCAAACCCUGUGGUCCAGGCAGCAAGAGCGACAAGGACCACAGUUUAUGUUACAGUGACUGUCACUUCACCCACGCAGAGGGCAAUGUCACUCUGACUUAUGACUUCAGCCUCCUCGGGUCUGUAGGAUCACUGUUAAACGGCCCCAGCUUUACCUCCAAAGGAACCAAGUACUUCCACCACUUCAAUAUCAGCCUGUGUGGAGGAAAGGAUCAGUUAGCAGUAUGCACAGACAAUGUAACAGACCUCUCCAUCAACGACGCCCAGAGAGAGAAAGGCGAAGGAGCCAAUGCUGUCAAGACCUUCAUUUGUCAGUCAACAGUGAUCCCUGCUACUGGACGAGGCUUCCACACAGCGCUCGCCUCACAGUCCAUUAACCUGGCUGACACUUUCCUUGGAGCAACAGUUGACAGUACACUGGAUGGAAUAAUGGCAGAGCUGUACCCCCAGACCUCCAAGAAAGUCCCUGAUGUCAACUUCUACUAUAUAUCCCUGGAGGCGACCUCAUCUUGUGAGUUAGGUCGGAGCACAGUGGUGACACUUCGCUGUAACCCAGAGAAGAGCACUAAAGGAGAGCUCUCAGUUCCCAGUCGGUGCCCUGCAGGAACCUGCGACGGCUGCACCUUUGACUUCUUAUGGGAGAGCUCAGGAGCCUGUCCUACAUGCACAGAGAGAGACUACCAUCAGAUAGAGGGAGCAUGCAAGAGAGGAAAACAGGACCUGCUGUAUGUGUGGACUGAACCAAAGCUGUGCAUCGGAGGUAUGGCCUUGCCUGAAAAGAAAACGUUGCCCUGUGCUGGUAUGGAGUUCUGGGUUCGGCUGGGUGGAGCGAUUGGGGCUUUCACCGCAGUGCUGCUCGUCUCCCUCACCUGCUACUUCUGGAAGAAAAACAAAAGGUUGGCGUACAAGUACUCCCGGUUGGUGAUGUCUGCCAACAAAGAGUGUGAGAUGCCUGGAGCUGACAGCUGUGCUAUGAUGGAGGGAGAGAAUGAGGGAGACAUGGAGGAUGAAGUUGUGUACACAAAACCAUCACUACUUGGAAAACUGAAAGCCAUAGCAUCCAAGGGAAACGGAGAGAAGUAUGAACAUGUGCAGCUGAACUCAUCUCAAUCUAAAGCGUUGGUGUGGAGCUAGAAAGCUGGUGAGGGGAGGGGAGAGAUUGGACCCUCAGGAGACUUUUCACGGAACAACCGCUUUAGCCAACCACCCCCUUUAGGAGCUUUGGUACCUGGAUAAUCAACUGUGUGUACAUACAUGCAUAUAUAUACACACGUCAUGCACCGAGAGCCAGGUUCAGAGAAGGCAGAACAAUUAUGGUGGCCUUAAAGUUGGGUACGACAGAGCCGUCCACUGAAAGCAGAGUGUGGGGAGGCAGGUGUGUGAGAUAGACCCUCUCUGGUUGUAUUCUGAUUCAAAGUGUGACAAUGACUUAGAAGAGCUCAGGUCAAGAAAAGGACCUAUUUGAUUGAUGUUCUGUUUUUCUAAUUUCUACCAUUCUGUGUCGUGUCUAAUGUCUUUAGACAGCCAUGUUGUAAUUCACCAUCAGAAUUAGAAUGGUGAGUGUUUUCAUCUCACGUUGACGUUUACACAGAUUGCUAUAUUCUGUCCAGUUUGAGGUUCUACCUUCUCAUUGUUUGUUUUUUUUGCUUAGUUGAUAUUGUUGUAAUGCAGAGACGCGCACUGCUGACAUAUUGAAAAUGAUGUCAUAUUAUGCGGAUGAAGUUGUGGUGGUGAGUGUGUAUGUCGGUCAAAUAAAUUAUUAUGAUGUAUUUAUGUAUAAACAGAGACCGUUUGAUUAUUUUGGGAAAUCCUGUGCAAGGCUUGGAGACAGAUGAGUGGCAUUGUGGGUGAGAAAUAGAUUUCAAGCAAUGUAAUGCCAAAAAAAUAAAAUCCUAGAGGACUAAGUGCCUUUUUUCUGGUCCAAAACA